GCCAUGGUGAACUCCCUCUUACUGAUGCUCAGCUGGACUGUGAUCGCUGAGGUGGCGAGAGCUCAGAAUGACACGGAACCUAUCGUCCUGGAGGGAAAAUGCCUCGUGGUCUGCGACUCUAACCCGACCACGGACUGGAAGGCUUCGUCCUCUCCUCUCGGCAUCUCAGUGCGCGCCGCAAACUCCAAGGUGGCUUUCUCUGCAGUCCGGAGCAACAACCAUGAGCCGUCGGAGAUGAGCAACAAAACGAGAAUUAUCUACUUCGACCAGGUUCUUGUGAACAUAGGAAACUACUUCACAUUUGAAUCAGUAUUUUUGUCCCCAAGAAAAGGAAUCUACAGUUUUAACUUCCAUGUCAUUAAAGUGUACCAGAGCCAAACCAUACAGGUGAACUUGAUGUUGAAUGGAAAACCAGUCAUCUCUGCCUUUGCGGGUGACAAAGAUGUAACUCGUGAGGCAGCGACCAAUGGAGUUCUGCUCUAUCUAGAAAAAGAGGACAAGGUCUACCUAAAGCUGGAGAAGGGAAAUCUAGUUGGUGGAUGGCAAUACUCAACAUUUUCUGGCUUUCUUGUGUUCCCUCUGUAA